UCUCUAACCGGAACAACUUCACAACACUGGCUCGCGAUUCGCAAAGUCGCAAGGCAGAAGUCGCGACUUUUGUUUCAAUAGACCGAUAACUGUUCGUUUGCCGAUUAACUAGUACGCCAAGUCAACCGAGGAAGAGGAGAACAGUUGGAACUUGGGAAGGACGGACGUUGGGGUUAGGGCAAUGGCAGGAGCAGGGCCAUGUGUGUUCUGUCAGAUUGCUUCUUCUUCCACCUCUACCCAACUCCUCCACUCUGAUGAGAAGGUUGUCGCAUUUCAAGAUAUCAACCCUUCUGCGUUCAAGCAUUAUCUUGUCAUUCCUGUGGAGCACAUUUCAACAGUCAAAGACCUCCAAAGGAGAAUGGCAGAUUAUCAAUUGGUGAGCCAUUUGUUGGAUGUGGGACAAACUCUACUACAUAGAGAUGCUCCAGACUCCAAGCAGUAUAGUUCUUAUCUGAUCAAGCUGAUCAAUAGAAUGUCUUGCCUUCAUACUUGUCACACAUCUAGAUUUGGCUUUCACCAGCCUCCAUUUAAUAGUGUUAACCAUCUCCAUCUCCAUUGUUUAGCACUUCCCUUCAUACCCAGCUCUCAAGAUCGUGAACAGAUGGAAAUGUAUAAAAUACAUGUCUCUAGGACCCUUCGGUGGAUUCAUCAAGGCCGAGAAGUUGCUAAAGAAGAUAAAUCCAUAAGCAUCUGACCAGUCAUAAAUAUGAGUGUGCUGGUGCUGCUGUAGCUUGUUUACGCACCCAUUCAAAUUGUCAUUCAUAUCAGACAGGCUUUCCAUCCAUGUUAUUGCAUCUUCCUGUGGUUGCAUUGGAAUCUAUCUGGGGCCUGGGCAGCUUCUGUUACCUUGGGAUCAGAGCAUGAAAUAGAUAUCACUGCUCUCAGUUCAGGUAACUUUGUUCAGGACCAGCUUUUAUUGCCCUUCUUUAUAUUUUUAUUCAGAGGUGCUGAAAAAUUAGCUGGGUUUCUGUGUCCCUUAUGAAGAUAGGUUCCCUCGUGAAUCUAUAGGUUGAGAAUUGCUUGUCUUGUACGAGUAACAUCUGAUCUGUUCCCUUUUGGGUACUCGAUAUAGUUUCUAGGACAAGGGAUGGAGUUCCCUUUUGGUUACUCAAUAUAGUUUCUCAGUUUUCUUAGGAUUUUCCACUUUGGUGUUUCUCUGUUGGUCUUACUCUUUGUAAUCUUCUCAUUUGAUCGGUGAAAGGGUUUGUUGGGAUCUUCAGCUGUGGUCUUACUUGAUCCUUGUGGGUGAACUCUUUAUAUCAUCUGUUGUCUGAUUUUUUUUUUGUUAUUUUUCUAUGUGGUUGCCAUUAGCUAUCUAUCUCAUCUGCCAGCAACAGUAAGCAUCAAAUUCAACGCGUUCCUGCCACCAUCUUCAUAACCCACAACCUCAGUGUCAACAAUGUCUUGAGUACCAUUUAGGUGAACUCUCUGGAUUAUAGUCUCUGGUCGUGAGGAAAUGUUGCAAUUGUAGGCGAGUCCCUGCCGUGUUUCAGGUUUGACAGGAGGAUAGUUUUUUUACUAUUACCAGUCAGUUCUCUGCUGCUGGCAGAAUUCCUGUUUAUACUCCAGAUAUGUCAUUGAGUUACACCAUCUGAAGCUCAACACUGGCACAUUGCAAUAAACUAUCUCCGCCAAAAUGCUAAGUGAGCUAUCUGGCAGAUUGAUGUCUUCUGGUAAAUAUGUUUGAGCUCCACUGUCCAUGAUCCUUUUGGUAGGCCUGGAUAUCAGAGAUGAGGUUGGCCAAGAGAUCUCUCGAGGAAACAUAUCCUUAUAUCCUGUCAAGUGCAGCUCUGGCAUCUCUAUUGGCAGCGAGCCUUAUCUCUGUAGAGUUUGCUUCUUCAUUACCCAUAUUGGCUCCAAGUUAUGGUUCUAUCAUAUUAGUUCACACAUGCUGCAUUCAAUUCGGAGAGACCCUGGUUUGGCAACUCUAAUAAAACUGAUGAAGACAUUGUUCUACUUGUAUGAAGAUCUAAACCAGAAACUAAAACAUUGAAAGGGGAAAAAAGAAGUGCCAGCCUCAAGUAUGCAAUGGGUUUAGGUCUCUGACCAGAUUUGCCUAAUAACCAAUACCCAGCCAAUCUCAUGGAUGGAUGAGAACUCUUGGUUGCCUAAACAAGUUUUGAGGAAGCUAAAGAAUAUUUUAAUCCCUGAUCUUACUGUUUCUUUCUUGUAGGUCUAAUCUCAGCAUCUUUUGAGUAAAAAAGAUGUGAUUUGAAGUCAUUGGCUUAGGCAGCCCCAUCAUCAUCUUGUGUUGUCUAAUAGAGACGACCCUAGUGGGUGAAGGAUGUCAGGAUGGACGUCCAUUGAACAAUCUUUAAAACCCAAAUGGAUUCAACUCACAAGACAAGUUCGACAAGAGAGUAGUUGGCCAAUUAGAUAACAUCUUGUCAUUGUUAGGCUUUUUUCUGUACUCUUGUCAUCAUAGGAAAUAUUUUUCAAAUUUUGUCUAUACGCAUCAGUUCGCUCCCCAAGGGUGAGAUUUUCCAGAAUCUUUAUGGGCUUUAAUUAUAUGCGUCAAAAAUCUGGAACAUUCGCUGGCCCACAUUCUUAUGGGCAUCUAGAGUAGAAUGUAACUAGUGAUGGUCUUUGAAUCCUAAGAGUCUAUGCAAGCUUCCCAUGUACAUUGAACCAUACAAACAUCCUUUCUAUUAUCAGCCGUCUACUUAUUUUUUAAUCAAUUUUCAAGUUUGAUUUUA